UGUUGGGCGGACUCCCCAUGGCCAGAGGCUGAGCUCCACUCCCGCCGGCCGCUCCCUAGGGGAAGGGAAAGAAGAGGGGAGAAGAGAGAGAGGCCACCAGCGAGCGAGCGAGCGCGGGCCGCAUCCGCAGUCUGCAGAAGUUUGAGACUCGGCCGUGAGCGGACUUGUGCGCCCGGACUCUGCCGCGCCAGCGCCGGGGGAAAAGAGCAGGGCUGCCUGGCCGCAGCGCGCCGGCUUUGUCAUGAUGGCCAGCUACCCCGAGCCCGAGGACGCGUCGGGGGCCCUGCUGGCCCCGGAGCCCGGCCGCGCGGCCAAGGAGCCCGAGGCGCCGCCGCCGCCGAGCCCGGGCAAGGGCGGCGGCGGCGCCGGGACAGCCCCGGAGAAGCCGGACACGGCGCAGAAGCCCCCGUACUCGUACGUGGCGCUCAUCGCCAUGGCGAUCCGCGAGAGCGCCGAGAAGAGGCUCACGCUGUCCGGCAUCUACCAGUACAUUAUCGCCAAGUUCCCGUUCUACGAGAAGAACAAGAAGGGCUGGCAGAAUAGCAUCCGCCACAACCUCAGCCUCAACGAGUGCUUCAUCAAGGUGCCGCGGGAGGGCGGCGGCGAGCGCAAGGGCAACUACUGGACGCUGGACCCGGCCUGCGAGGACAUGUUCGAGAAGGGCAACUACCGGCGCCGCCGCCGCAUGAAGCGGCCCUUCCGGCCGCCGCCCGCGCACUUCCAGCCCGGCAAGGGGCUCUUUGGGGCCGGAGGCGCCGCGGGCGGCUGCGGUGUGGCGGGCGCGGGGGCCGACGGCUACGGCUACCUGGCGCCCCCCAAGUACCUGCAGUCCGGCUUCCUCAACAACUCGUGGCCGCUACCGCAGCCGCCCUCGCCCAUGCCCUAUGCCUCCUGCCAGAUGGCGGCGGCCGCGGCGGCGGCGGCAGCGGCCGCGGCGGCAGCGGGCCCGGGCAGCCCGGGAGCGGCCGCGGUGGUCAAGGGGCUGGCGGGCCCAGCCGCCUCGUAUGGGCCGUAUUCACGCGUGCAGAGCAUGGCGCUGCCUCCGGGCGUGGUGAACUCGUACAACGGCCUGGGAGGCCCGCCGGCCGCGCCCCCGCCGCCGCCGCAUCCCCACUCACACCCGCACGCACACCAUCUACACGCGGCCGCCGCACCCCCGCCAGCCCCGCCGCACCACGGGGCCGCCGCACCGCCCCCGGGCCAGCUCAGCCCUGCCAGCCCGGCUACCGCCGCGCCCCCGGCGCCCGCGCCCACCAACGCGCCCGGCCUGCAGUUUGCCUGCGCCCGGCAGCCUGAGCUCGCCAUGAUGCAUUGCUCUUACUGGGACCACGACAGCAAGACCGGCGCGCUGCACUCGCGCCUCGAUCUCUGAGAGCCCAGCGCACGCCAGAUGCGAGGAGGCAGGGACGCGCGACGCCGGUCUUGGUCGCAGCCACCGCCGCCAGUCGGACCGCGCACCCGCUGGGGCCGCAUCCUGAGCCAGCGCCUACGGCUCCUCUGCGCCUCCUCGCUCCUCUCAGCUUCUCUCGCUCCUCUUUGUCUCCUCCGCGUCUCCUCCUGUGCUCGCUUCCCUGCCCUCCACGCCCUUUUGCUCCUCCGGCCUGCAGGCCGCCUCUCCGCGCGCUUUUGGAAGGCCUCGUCUCUUCCCGGUGCCCCAGCGCCAAAGUUGGCACCGCACGGUUCACGGCGGAGAGGAAGCACCGGGGCCGAGGCGCAGCUGGGCGCCGGCAGCGCAGACCUCUCGGCCUUCUCGCACAGGUCGGUGCGCCCGCUCUCGGCUUUCCCCACCCGGCUGCCGAGCAAUCCUCGGCUCGAAGCGCUGGCCUGGGUCGGCAACAGGACUCGCGCCGCCCGAGAAAGGGACGAACGUGUGUCAGCUCCGCGUACCUUCUUGGAGCUGUUCAGAAGCCGCUAGCCCGGGCCCACUGGGCGGGGCGGGGGUUGGGCCCGAGCAGGGAGCCAGGGCCGCCUCGCUCGGCGGCCUGCGCCCGGGUUUACACCACAUCCCGGCUCAGAGAGAGGCUGCCUUUUCUCCGCUCUCCGUCCUGGCGCUUCGGGCACCUCCAGGCCCAGGCGGCUGGGUAAUGUUUUGCUAAAAAGAUCAGUAGGGCUAUUUUAGAUAAUAUCAAAAAAUAUUUUUUAGGGAAAAACACUCACCGGGAAAACCGGCGAAGUAUUGUGGCCUUGGAGUUUGCUAAAGCAAAACAUGAAAAUCUUCUCUUCCAGAAGAUUGGAAGUAGAAUUCCUGUCGGGCCUUCAAAAAGCUGUGGUCGGAGAGAGAGGUAGACGAAUAUGCUCAGUAAAAGAUGGUUUCUUCUACGAAUUGGGGGAUUUUUCCCUCUCUCCUUAUCUAAAAAUAAAAUAAUAAAAACAAAUUUCCCCGGAUCUUCCGAUGCAAGCCCCGAGUGCCGGGCGAUCACCGCCUGCCUGGCGGACGCUGCAGGGACGGCUCGUCCUCUCCCUGAUUUUUAUUUUUCAAACGUCUUGCUUCUCCCACCCUGGGCAGGAGAAAUGUGAAACCUGGCAGCAGUCGGACCAGGCGGGCUUGGGACACGGAGCCGGCCGGCCCAAAAACCCGAGACCUGGUUGUCCUGUAGUGUGUCGUUUGGAGGACCAAAUUUUCUAGAGAGAACUAGAGCACUUUUGUUGUUUUGUUCCUUGUUUGUUGUUGUUGUUUUUGUCUUGUCAAUUCCCGAAUAAAUUUUUUGUUCUUUCUUUUAA